ACUUUCUGCGUGCGGUCACGUAGUCUCGCUGGAAGUGAACUAUCACAGCAAAAGUUCACUUCGACUUUGGCUAUAUCUUUUCGCGAACUUCCUCUUCUUUCUCGCUCUUCUUCUUUUCCUCAAUACAACCUGUCCACCACCGCUUCUCCGCUCCCUAACGCUCGACCACUCACACAAUCAGAACCCACAGAUUCAAGCAAGCCGCAACGAUGGCUGCAACCACUCCCACCACCUACGACUUCAAAGUCGCCAAAGCAAGCCUGAGCGAGAACGACAAAGACCGCUUCCUCGCCGUCUACCUCAACCUCAUCGAUCCCAACACCGCCGUCAACUGGAAAAAAGCCGCCGACGACUUCGGUUCCGCCAGCGUCGAGAGCUUCAAGAAGACGGUCUCCAACGCUCUCAAGAAGAUCAAGGCCGCCGAGGCCAAAGGCAUCACGGGGGACGCUGGGGUGACGCCCUCUCCGGCUGGCGGCAAGAACAAGCGCAAGGCCAAGGGUGCUGCUGUCGCCUCUGACGCUGAUGACGACGACGAGACUGCUCCUACGCCCGCCAAGAAGAAGCGCGGGAGGCCUGCGAAGAAGGCGGCUAAGGCUGCUGAGGGUGAGUUUUUCCCCCUGAUGUUUGGUGCUUGACUUGUUCUCUGACUUUUUGCUACAGAGGAGGAGACUAUGGAGGUGAUCAAGGAGGAGGUCGCGGAGGAUGACGCUGAUUGAGAGGGUGACGGCCAGCAGGCUCGAGUCUUGAUGUUCUGAGAGACUGGGUUCCUUACCGUACUUCAACGCAUGGUGG